ACGUGUGUUUCUCACACAGAUUUUUUCAUUCUUUCUCGUUGUUGUUUGAUUUGUGUUUGACUGUCGCGAUGAGGUUGUUGAAUAAACUGCUUCUGCUGCUCCUGUUGGCGUUUCCCGCCACACUGAUGAUGAAGGGUCCUGUGGUAUUGGCACAGGAUGCAACUGAAGAAGAGGAGGCUGUGGAUGAAGAUACUGCUGAUGAUGUGAUGGCUGAUGAUGAAGAUGAUGAAGCUGAGGUUGAAGAUGAUGAAAACACUGAAUUAACUGAAGAAAAAGAAGAAGAGGAGGAGGAGGAAGGUCUGGUGGGGGAGAUGAAGGCUUCACCAAACGCUGACACCACCAUCCUCUUCGUCAAAGGAGAAAAUUUUCCUGCCAACAACAUUGUAAAGUUUUUGUUGGGAUUCACCAACAAAGGCUCAGAAAACUUCAUCGUGGACUCUUUGGACGCCUCUUUCCGUUAUCCUCAGGACUUCCAGUUCUACAUUCAGAACUUCACGGCUCUUCAGCUGGGCACCGUGGUUCCUCCUCAGCGUCAGGCCACAUUUGAAUACUCCUUCAUCCCUGCAGAGCCGAUGGGUGGACGUCCCUUCGGUCUGGUCAUCAACCUGAACUAUAAAGACAGUAGCGGUAACGUCUUCCAGGACGCCGUCUUCAACCAGACUGUGACCAUCACUGAGGAGGAGGACGGUCUGGACGGAGAAACAAUCUUCUUGUAUGUGUUUUUGUCUGGUCUGGGGUUGCUGGUGGUCGUCGGGUUACAUCAGUUGCUGGAGUCACGAAAGAGGAGACGACCUGCUAAAGUUGAGAUGGGAACCUCAAAUCACAAUGAUGUAGACAUGAGCUGGAUCCCACAGGAAACACUUAACCAGAUCAUGGCGAGUCGACGAGAUAAAGCUUCUCCCAGGAGAUCUCCACGCAAGAGGACUCAGAAACGCUCCGCCGGAUCGGACGAGUGAAGAAACGCUCAUCACCGCGGUAACAGCCUUUAUCAUGCGGCUGGUCUUGUGUUUUCAGUGGAAUAACAAAUCGUCACUGAACGCUGAUGGACUGACACACACACACACACACACACACACACACACACACACACACACACACACACACACACACACACACUGCAGAUACAUGAAACAGUUUUUAAGUAACACAGGAGUGAAUUGUGCAGGUCUGACAUUAAAGCGCGUCUGUAGUUUUUUUUUUUUUUUUGAAACUGUGUUCGUCAUGUUAAUUUGAUUAUUUACUGCAUGAGGUCAUGAGUGGAGGAUUCUGGGAUACGGUUUGAGCCACAUGAGGUUUUCUUCACUUGUCCUGGUUUUGAUAGAUUGGAUGAAGAUUCUUGCUGCCAUAUUUCUUCAUCCAGUUGAAUGGAGUGAGUUGAUGUGAUUGAUUUUAAAGAUGGAAACUCUUUGCUUUCAUAAGGUGCCUCUGCUUUCCAUCAUUGAGUUUCUCUUGUUGUCAGUUUUCCUCUCAGACUGCUGUGUGAUUUAACACGACUGAAUGUCUGAGCGCUCAUACUGUUGAUAAAACUCCACAGCAGAAACAUCUGAUCUGUGAUUUAUGGACUGUGAUUUGAUGUUUUUCUCACAGCUUCAUUUCAGGAAGAUGAAAACCUUUUUAUUUUUAGCCUGUUUCUUUCUUUUAAGAACAAAAUAAAGUGACUUUUUUUGAGAAAUGUUUUUUCCACCCGAGCGAAUGCUGUAAGAUGUACAGUUCAAGAUUUAUUUGGACAAAUAAAGAAAAACAUGAAUAAAAA